UUUUUAUUUGGCAUCCCAUGGCCGCAACGAGAACGUGGCGAGGAGCUUCUAUUCCUUCUCCUCUCGGCUCCCUCUCCUUUUCUUUCCUAACCCCCCUCUCCCCGUUUAUUGUUGUUAUUUUUGCCUAGCGCCAUUAUUUAUUCUCAUUAUUCUUUCCUGAACAAGCGAUACUCGCUGCUUCUCUCUCUCUCUCUCUCCAUCGUGAUGGAUCGUUUGCCAAGAAAUUUCCCUUUCUUGGCAUCAUCAUCCAUUAUCUCUCCCUUCUCCUCCCUGAAUCUUUUUCUCUCCUUCGCAAAUGAUAGAUGGAUGGAUAGAUAGAUGACCGAUCCCGUAUCGUUCCCCGAAGUUUUCUUGAAUCCCACUUGUUCCCUUCUUUGUUCCUCGCGAUGCCGGCGGCAACAAAAUUCUCCUCCUCCUCCUCCUCCUCCUUCGUGGGGGCCUAAACCCUAGAGCACAUAUCCGAGAACCCUGUAUAUAUCCCCCUCGCCUCUUUCCUCUCUCCCAGGCGGUUCCGGUUGCGGUCGCGGCGGCUCUCCCUCUCACUCAACUCAGGGUCUCCGCCACAGAUGGGUUCAGUGAAUGGUAGAUCGGACAAUGAGUUUGAGGAUGAAAGCCUUGUUAGCCCUGACACGCUUGCUAGGAAGUCUCUUGGUUUGGACAGAGGCCAGCAUGGUACCCUUUCAGAUGCUGAACAAGAUUUUUCUGUAAAAUAUCUGAAGAGUCAACUGUUCAGGAGCAUAAAGGUUGUGCUAUUUACAGCCAAGAUAAAUAUAUUGAUGCCUUGUGGGCCUGUAGCAAUCUUGAUCAAUUAUUUGACUGCUAACCAUGCAUGGGUUUUCUUUCUAAGCAUGUUGGGUAUUAUUCCUUUAGCAGAACGUUUAGGAUUUGCUACCGAGCAGUUAGCAUUCUUUACUGGACCAACAGUGGGUGGUCUUUUAAAUGCUACAUUUGGUAAUGCAACGGAAUUGAUAAUAUCAAUCUUUGCACUGAAAAGUGGAAUGAUACGUGUUGUUCAACAGUCACUUUUGGGAUCCAUAUUGUCAAACAUGCUGUUGGUCCUUGGGUGUGCAUUUUUCAGUGGAGGGAUUAUUUUUAUAAAAAAGGAGCAAGUUUUUAAUAAGGCGGCUGCUGUAGUGAACUCUGGAUUGCUUUUAAUGGCAGUCAUGGGCUUACUGUUUCCUGCUGUGCUCCACUAUACCCAUACUGAAGUACAAUAUGGCAAGUCGGAAUUAGCCCUUUCAAGAUUUAGCAGCUGCAUUAUGCUCGUGGCUUAUGCUGCCUAUCUCUUUUUCCAGUUAAAAAAUAAAAAUACGCAUGAUCCAGUUCACGAGGGAGGAAGCCAGCAUGAAGGUAGCUUAGUUGAUGAGGAAGUCGCUGAGAUUUCUCAAUGGGAGGCAUUCAUCUGGCUUGCAAUUUUGACUGCUUGUAUUUCAGUCCUCUCUGAAUACUUAGUUGAUGCCUUACAGGGAGCUUCAGUUGCAUGGAGAAUUCCUGUUCCUUUUAUAAGUGUUAUUUUGCUCCCAAUUGUGGGGAAUGCUGCUGAGCAUGCAAGUGCCAUUAUAUUUGCCAUGAAGGAUAAACUUGACAUUUCCCUUGGAGUUGCAAUAGGAUCAUCUACACAAAUAUCCAUGCUUGGGAUCCCAUUCUGUGUGGUAAUAGGGUGGAUUAUGGGACAACCAAUGGACUUAAAUUUUCAACUCUUUGAGACAGCAACCCUCUUUAUUACAGUAUUAGUUGUAGCCUUCAUGUUGCAGGAUGGAUCUUCAAACUACUUCAAAGGUUUAAUGCUUAUUCUUUGCUAUCUAAUAGUAGCUGCCAGUUUCUAUGUACAUGUCGAUCCUGCUUCUGUUGAAGAUAAAUCUCCCCAGGGCUAGGAGUUAGGGAUUUAUACUUGUAGUCACAGAACUCAUGCUCAACCAUGUCCAGCUGCCUUAUGAUUUUUGGUCUUUGGUGCAAUACCAUAGCACAGAUUGGUUACUCAGAAUUUUAUGGUUUCGUUGUUCUCUGCCUCAUGGGAAAUUUCUGCUGCGGUAGGGCUGAAGAUUUAUUUAGAGAGCUUCAUUUAUGUAAUUUGUAGAGGAAAACUGGGAUGAUGUCAAAAUGCUGAACCAUAAUAAAAGAUGAUAAUUCUCUAACUGCUGUCAUUCUUUCUUUUCCCUUCAUUCACAAUUUUUUCUACUAUCAUCAUAAUAGUUGACAAGCCUAUUUAUAUUUCAAUUAUCAGAAUGCUGAUAGACAUGAGAAUAAUGUUUUUAUUGCUGAAGGUGGAAUACCCAG